AUGCUAAAAUACUCCAAGUUCAGGAGAGACUUCCUCACUCACAAAACAAAGAUUGAAUCCAUUCAACAAGUCACCCUAAGUGAAGAAUGCUCGGUGACACUCCUCAACAAGCUCCCCCAGAAGAAGAUUGAUCCCGGAAGCUUCACCAUUCCUUGUUCCAUUGGUGGAUCACUAAUAAGCAAUGCAAUAGCCGACUUGGGGGCUAGCAUUAAUCUAAUGUCGGCCUCUAUGUUCAACCGACUGUUGUUAGGUAAUCCGCAUCCUACAAGGAUGAGCGUACAACUUGCGGAUAGAUCGGUAAAGUACACUCAAGGUGUCAUAGAGAAUCUAUUGGUAAAGGUUGGAGAAUUAGUUUUUUCGGCCGACUUUGUUAUCUUAGACAUUGAAGAAGACACCGAAAUCCCACUCAUAUUAGGAAGACCCUUCCUUGCCACCGCACGGGCUAUGGUGGAUAUGAGAAACGAGAAAUUAACAUUGAGGGUUGGUGAAAAGGAGAUCAAGUUCGAAGUGGGACAACGAGCGGAGGAUGAUCCAGUCAAAUACCUCAAAGCGAUUGACUCAAGCACUCGGAUAACAUUUGACCGACUUUGA